GACGCUCCGCUGGUGCAGCUCAGCCGCGCUGACGCGUCUGCUCCUCGUCCUCACCAUGGACAGCUUCGACUUCGCCCUGCUCCAGGAAUGGGACCUGGACUCGCUCUGUGUCUAUGAACCAGACAGAAAUGUUCUGCGGAGAAAAGAAUGGGAGAGGAGAAAUCAGGAGGCACAACAGGAAGAUGGUUCAUUUAAUACCAGUUACUCCCUCUUCAGUGAACCAUACAAGACUAACAAGGGGGAUGAGCUCUCAAAUCGUAUCCAGAAUACAUUAGGCAACUAUGAUGAAAUGAAGGACUUAUUGACGGAUCGAUCCAACCAGAGUCAUCUUGUUGGAGUUCCAAAACCUGGGAUUCAGCAAGCACCUGUGAACAAAACUGAUGAACACUUUAUUGUAGAUUCAAGACCACAGCCUCAACCUUCCAUCUGCAGCACUUCAUCAUCCAUACCAGCAGCUCUAUCUGGUCAGCAAAGCAAGAGCCCUACAAUGGGUUGGCAGAAAGCUGGGCACAAUGCUUCUGAUGACCAGCAGACGGCAAGCAAGCAUGGGCACAGAUUGCUUGAGUCACACAACAGUGACUUCAAAAUGGCUAACCAAAAAACCAGUCUGGAAAAGCUUAAACACUUUGCAUCGAGUCCCACAUCGUCAUCUGUCUGUGCUGCAAAACAAGGUACUUUAAGAUCCGUGCUUGGAGAUAGUGUCAGCAAAGCACAACAGCAGUCCAAAUUAAAUUGCAGUGUAGAAGCAGGAUCUCAGGCUCAAGAAAGGCCAGCAAAACACAGCACUGGGCACUGUGUUCAGAACUUCCCUCCUUCACUUGCUUCAAAGCCUAAUAUAAUUCAACAGAAACCAACGGCUUAUGUAAGACCAAUGGAUGGUCAAGAUCAGGCUCCUGAUGAGUCUCCAAAGCUAAAGUUAUCAGCAGAAGCUAACAAGCACUGUACAUCAUAUAGGGGAGUACCUUCUAAUAAGCCUGACCCAGCUAUGGCCAAGACCAAGAUGGCAAAAUUUAACGUUCCCAGGCAAGAAGAGGAGAGUGGAACAGGAGAUAACACCUGUAUUGAAGAAAUUUUGCGGGAGAUGACCCAUUCUUGGCCUCCACCACUCUCAGCUAUUCACACACCUGGAAAAGUGGAACAGAGCAAGUUUCCAUUUGCAAACAAGGAGUCGCAGCAGGUGUCUACAGGACACAGCAAUCCAAGUAAGCAAUGUUUCAGUGAAACCCUCCCUGCAAGCCUAGAAGGCCUAGAAACAUCUGAUGCAGGGAAAGGUGAGGCUGAGCCAAAGAAUCCAGAAAACAGUGCAUCACAUACGUCAAUGCUAGAAGAUGACCUCAAGUUAAGUAGUGAUGAAGAAGAGAAUGAUCAGCAGGCAGCACAGAGAUCUGCUCUCCGCAUUCUGUCUGACAGCACUGUCGUGCCACAGCCCAGUAGCAGAACCUCGGGACUCUCCAGCAAGAGGUCAAGUAGCAGCAGCUCCAGUGAAUCCGAGAGCAGUUCUGAAUCUGACUCAGAGAGUGAAAGCAGUUCCAGUGAGAGUGACGGCAGCAAGCCCUCUCAUUACUCCAGCCCAGAGCCUGAGCAGCCAUCAUCAAACAAGUGGCAACUGGAUAAAUGGCUAAAUAAAGUUAAUCCUCACAAAGCAUCUAUUCUUAACCAAAAUGAUAACCAUGGACUGGAGGGCAAUCAGUAUUACAGCAGCAUAAAGGAUGAAGGACAGGAAUGUGAGAAAAUACCAGCUAUUUGCCAAACUGAACUUAGAGACAAGGAAAUUGAGAACCCCAGCAAAGAUGAGUUGAGGCCUAGAACGGCUAAUAAAGCACCAGGAAAUAAAGGAGGGAAGCAGAAAUCACCUGCUGCUGUUUCUGGAGACAGCUGCCCUCAGAGAAGGACGACUUGUAAAAAACAGCCAAGAAGAACAGAGAGGACCUCUGGUGGGGAUGCCUUGAACUGCCAUACAUCUGAGGAUCUCGCUUUGAGCCAAGUAUUUUUGGAAAAUAACAUCUGUGAACAACCUAAAGCCAGGCCCUGCAACAACAGAACUGGGCACAGAAAAGAGCCCCACUCUGUUGCUGCAUGUGAAAAGAGACGUACCAGAGGGCCAAGCAAAACUGCACCCAAAUCCAAGGAAUUUAUCGAGACAGAGUCUUCAUCUUCAUCGUCUUCCUCAGAUUCAGCUUCAGAUUCCGAACAAGACGAAUAUCUUCUGCCCAAACCUCAAACUGUGGCCUCUGCUUCAGGUGGGAGUGAUCAGAGGUUGAAGGACUCCGUGAACAGUAACACCAACAAAACUAACAGCAGCUGCAGUGCCUUUGGCUCCAUUAAUGCCAAGACUAGUAAUGAUAUAGCAAAGGAGCUGGAGGAACAGUUUUAUACUCUAGUUCCUUUUGGCAGGAACGAGCUCCUAUCUCCUCUGAAAGACAGUGAUGAGGUAAAAUCACUGUGGGUCAAAAUUGAUUUGACUCUUUUGUCCAGAAUUCCAGAGCGUUUAGCAGAGGAGCCACUGGCAAUGAGCACUGGAGCAAAAGAAGAAGCCAGCCUUCAGCAGAAUAAUUAUACUUACCCACCAGCAGAAAAGGUUAUGCCAAAAUCUAGAAGGAAACGCAAGUGUGAAAAUGAAGAAGAAGACAGGGAGAUCAAGAAGACUCAUUUAGAGCAAGAGUAUUCUUCACGAUUAAUUGCCUCUGCCCCAGGUAUUUCAACAGCAAAUCAUUGCAACAGGAAUGAACAUAGCUUGGCGAUACCAAUAAAUAAAAAUGAGAAAAUGCUUCAGUCACCCAUCUCACCCCUCUCUGAUGCAUCAAAACACAAAUACUCCACUGGUGAUUUAACUUCUUCCAGUAGACCUAAUGGCAGCAGUCUAUUACCUUCCAUGUCCUCCAGCAAAAAACAUAAGAGUGAAAUCCAGCCACAGCCACAUCCUACGGACUGCAAUAAAGCAGUUCACAUCAAUUCAGAAAGUGUUCUCUGCAACAAGCCACACUCCCAAACAGAGCCUUGGCCAUCUUUAUCCAGGGCACACAAAGACUGCAGAAGAACAAAGCUCAUCUUUGAUGAUAUACCACGCAAUGCAGAUCACUUUAUGCAAGAAGCUAAACAGAAGAAGCAUAAAGCAGACGCGAUGGUGGAGAAAUUUGGAAAGGCACUGAAUUACGCUGAAGCAGCAUUAUCGUUUAUUGAAUGUGGAAAUGCUAUGGAACAAGGCCCCAUGGAAUCUAAAUCCCCUUAUACAAUGUAUUCAGAAACAGUUGAACUUAUCAGGUAUGCUGUGAGACUAAAAACCCACGCAGGCCCUAAUGCCACUCCAGAGGACAAACAGCUAGCAGCAUUAUGUUAUCGCUGUUUGGCACUUCUAUACUGGAGAAUGUUCCGACUCAAAAGAGACCACGCUGUAAAGUAUUCAAAAGCACUUAUUGAUUAUUUCAAGAAUUCAUCGAAAGCUGCCCAGGCUCCAUCUCCAUGGGGUGCCAGUGGAAAGAGCACAGGAACUCCAUCCCCCAUAUCUCCUAGCCCUUCUCCUGUCAGCUCUGUAGGAUCCCAAGGGAGCACCGGUGCCCCUUCCCCCUCUUCCACUAUCAGCAUUCCACAGCGUAUUCAUCAGAUGGCAGCCAAUCACGUCAGUAUUACCAACAGCAUCCUGCACAGCUAUGACUACUGGGAGAUGGCUGACAAUCUAGCCAAGGAAAAUAGAGAGUUUUUUAAUGAGUUGGAUGCAUUGAUGGGACCUGUCACCCUACACAGCAGUAUGGAGCAUUUAGUUCAGUACACUCAACAAGGACUUCACUGGGUACGGAAUAGUGCUCACGCAAAAGACUGUGUGCCAUUCAAAUGAACUGCAUAAUCUCCCAUGGACAAUUCAGUUAUUCUGGACACUGUGCUACAGAAAUAAUCAACCAUAGCAUCCAAACAAAGGUGAAUAUUUCUUCAAUGUUGAACAACAUUUUUCCGAGUGUAGACAUAUAUGUGUGUAUGGAUAAUAUGCAGCUGUGUCUCUCCAGAAUGCAUUGUUCCAUAGCAAUCUCCAAACAUCGUCAUACUCUAGACAGAAUUGACCACAGGUGUCUUAAUACACACACACAUUCCCUAUGCCUGUGCUUAGAAAAACUCUGAAACCAAAAUCUCAUGAGUUAAUUGAACCAAGUGCAAUAAACACAAUGGCUCCUAGUCAGGAAUGCACUUAAGUGUGUGUUUAACUUUAAGCAUGUGCUUAAAUGUAAUUGACUUCAGUAGAACUUAAACAUGCACUUAAGUGCUUUCCUGAAUUAGGGACAAUGAGAGUCUGACUGGCCGUUUGGCUGCUCCGUAGAACUUUCAGUGUUAGCGCACCAUCUCCCUCUUAUUUCCUGAUUGGGAUGUAUGGAUGAAUUGUGUAGACUGAAAAAAUAUGGAGUGAGAAAGCAUUAACUUUUGUGCAAUAAGUUUCAACAGCUUGCAUUCAUUUCUUUCUUUCUCUGCUUUUGAAAUUACCUUACCUCCUGUUCAGCCUCCUUAUCAACUAUAAUGGACAUUAUCGAGGAAACAGCCUGAAAAAUGGGUGUAUUGAUAAUAAGAAACUGGAAGAGAUUCUGGAAAAUUGUGUACUGUUAUUAGAGGCAAGAAGUUAACACAAAAAUACUGCAAACUGCAACCCAGUUAGCAAAGAAAGUCCAUUUAUUACAUGUUCAUAUAUCAUGCACACACAUACACACACAUCUAAGACAUUUGUUUGCUUUGUGUGGUGAGGCUUCACCUAGGGUGACCAGAUGUCCCUAUUUUAUAGGGACAGUCCUGAUUUUUGGGUCUUUUUCUUAUAUAGGCUCCUAUUACCCCCCACCCCCGUCCCGAUUUUUCACAUUUGCUGUGUGGUCACACUAGCUUCACCUUACUGGCUCUGGUUUUGAUAUCUUUUCUAUCUUAAAGUAGCUUGCUUGCAAUUUCUUCUAGGCUGUAUCACGCCAUUACAUGAAAUUCUCUUUAUCUUGGAAAGCUGGGUUUGCUGCUCACAGACUAAGCACUGUUUCCUAUCAUAAUCCUCUCACUCGUCAUGCAUAAUCCUCCACUAGGCUUUAAUGUUGCUUGAUUUAUGGGGUGUUUUCAGCUCCUUUUGACAGGCUGUGUUUUUUAUGCCAAGGGAAUUAAUCCUAAAGUAAUUGCAAUUUAAUUUGGAUCAGCUGAGGUCAUGGCCAGUUCAUAAUUAAUGUAUUUGAUUGUUUUCAUCUGAAAUGUAAUUGUAUUGGUUAUUUUUCACCCAGCCCUCUAGCCCUUACUCAUGCAAGUAGCUACAUUAACUACAGUUGCAUCACUCAAGUAAGAGUCAAUGAAUGUCCAUCUUCACUGCUACAGUCUAGUCAGCUUUAUCUCAAUAUUAAUGUGAUGCUGGUGCAAAAAUAUCUGCCAGUAAAAGUUACAUAUCAACAAAGAAAAAUAGCCACUUAUGUAGUUGCCUUAUAUACUGGCAUUUCAGUGUCUGAUGAGUUGCAUUAGAAACCACAUAUCAAAUAAUUUAGCCAGAGGCGGAUUAAGGUUUCUUGGGGCCCUGGGCCAGAACAAGUGAUGGGCCCUUCCACCCCUUCCACCUGUGGUCCUGCCGCCUUUCCGCCCCCUCCAUAUGUGACCCCACCCCUUUGUUACCUUUUCCUCCCUCCCCUCCCCACCCAUUCCACACACACCCCAACUAUGGCCCCAAGACCAGAGACACUCUGGGCACAGCGGGCAGUGAGAGCUCCCCCAGCCCUGAGGCUGCAGCAGGUAGCUAGACCUCCUCCAGUCCUGGGACCGGGGUCAGGUGGUGCUGGGGGCUUCCCCUGUGGCUGGCUGGCUUCUGCUGGGAUUGGGGGGCACUGGGGGCUCCCUUCGCCACAGCGCCCGUCCUGCCUGCCUGGCACUGCCACUAGGGAGUAGAGUCCGGGGUCGCAGGGGGUUCCCCGGCUGAUGCUUCCCCUGCCACCACCCCGCCUGCCUGCCUGGUGCUGCUCCCGGAAGCGGGGU